CAGGAUGGCGAAAGCAAAACAAGUUCAAUUACAGAUUGAUAUCACCUCCGAUGAGGAAUGGGAGAAGUUUCUUCAGCGAGAUGGUCUUCUUGUUGUGGAUAUCUACUCGGAAUGGUGUGGUCCAUGCUUGGCAAUGCAGGGAAACCUCAAGAAGAUAAAACUUGAGAGUGGGGGUGAUUUUCUACACCUAGGAAUGGCUAGAUCAAAUAAUGUGGAAGCCCUUAAACGUUUCCGUAAUAAAUCUGAACCAACAUGGAUGUUCAUCGCUAAAGGUCAACAAGUAGGUUUACUUUUCGGUUCAAAUGCACCAGAAUUACAAAGGAUGAUUAUGGAUGAAAUGGUUAAAGAAAAAGAAUGUUUGGAAGGUAUACGCACACGUCCCCAGCGUUUACCAGAAGAAAACUCCGAGCAGGAACAAGCAACAUUCGAAAAACACGCUAAGAUUGAACAGGAUCGUGAAAGGGUUAAAGUGGAGAAAGCCCAGAGGCAACUCAAAGACAGGCGAAUUGCUCAGGCUAAAAAUAUAUUGGAUACAAUGGCGCAUCUUGGAUUAAUCAUCAUUUUCCCGCAUGCUGUUAAAAAAAGCAGUGAUAUUUUGGAUGAAUUUUUACCUCAUACGGGUAUAGCCAUCUCCAAAAAAGAAAGACCUCAACUUACAGAGGAAGCUAUAGAAGAUAUCGAGUUUCUAUCACCUGAUAAGAUGCCUGAAGCAUGCAAACAUCACCUUUGCAGUGAAAGAGCUUUAGCAUUGAUGUUAACGGUUGAUCAAGAGAUGAAUCCUGGUCCUUUAGAUGAAACCAUAUUAAAAUUUGCUUAUGGAGCUACUAAGAUAGCUCCAGGGGAACCAGGGACACCCGCUUAUUCAUUGUUAAAAUCUCAGGUCACGAAAAAGAUCCAGGAGGAAGCUGAAGCUAUCAAACAACAACAAAUGCAAGCCAUGUUGGAGUUAGAUGAAGGUAUAGACCAACUUGAAGAAGAAGAAGUAGAGGUAGAAGAAGAAGCAGAAGAGGAAGAAGCGGAAGAAGAACAGGUGGCUGAGGUAAUAGAUCCCAAUGAGUUUAGACGUGUAAGUUCCACCUUUAGCCCAACGGCUAUUACAAUUGAGAUUGAAGAUUUAGUUGAAGAGGAAGUUGUGGAGGAAGAAGUAGACGAGGCGGAUCUAUGGGGUCUAUGGGCACCUGCGAAUGACUUGGUUAAGUCUACAGCGUUGAAGUAUUGCUUCCCAUUGAUUACUUCGGCGUUGAUACUGCCGGAACCGGAACCAGCGCCUGCGCAUCUUGCGAUUGCGUUUGAAGUGUUCAAGAAGCAUGAUAUCUACAAGGUUAUGGAUGAGUAUGAGAGUGAGAUACUGGCGUUUGGGUUCUUUACUUCGGAUCAACCUGAUGAGGCUAAACUUAUUGCUAAGACGAAGAAACAGUAUGAAAAACACUUCACAGGGACUAAUUAUGGAGAAAAAUUGGUCCUCAAAGUAGCAAAAAGAAAAUCAGACCCUAUUCUAGCCUUCGCCCAACUAGGACCAACCUACAUGUCCUCAAACGUUGAUACAGGAGAACGUGACUGUUCGCAUUUCUUCCCGGAAAACUACGAGGACGAAGACGCGGAAAUAGCUCCCCUUCAACCAAGACACACUACUUUUAUUGAAGAUACAAUUGGUGAAGACCAAGAAGAGAUGAUAUUUGAAGGUGUGUUACACGGUGAAGAAGAAGAAGAUUUAGGAGACCUAGGAGGUGAAGUGAAGACAUACCUCCAAUGGAAAAUGAGUGAAUUAAUCUCUGUUGAAGACGAAGAAGAAGGUGAAGAAGGUGAAGGUCAAGAUAAAGCAACCACCCCCACCACCAUCAAUGAGCAAGCAAAAUGA